UCAUGUCCUUCAGGCUGCAGCGAGACCUCACCAUGUGAGGCGCCGCGCUUCUCAACCAUUCGUCGAGAGAGUCGAGAGGACUGAUCACGUGACACAGCUGUCAGAGGACAGCAUGGCGGACAUACAUGUGGAGUCUCAAAACAAGUCGCAGCAGCAACCGUGUUUCAGCUAAUCGGCCACCAGGAGCAUCGACAACAUACCGUGUGUGUAUAGCCGGGCCGCCGGCGCCCGAACAAGCUCCAGGAUGGAGGAGGAGAACAAGCUUCGGUUCCCGUCUCUCCCGUCGUCCAAAGAGGACAUCCUAGACUGGGCCUACCCCAUGAGGCGGGAGAUGCAGGAGAUACUCCCAGGCUUAUUUUUAGGACCCUACUCUGCUGCAAUGAAAAGCAAGCUGCCAAAUCUGGAGAGUCAAGGUGUAACACAUGUUGUAUGUGUCCGCCAAGAUAUCGAAGCCAAUUUUAUUAAGCCUAAUUUUCAACACACAUUUAGAUACCUUGUCUUAGAUAUUGCUGACAAUCCAGUGGAAAAUAUAAUACGAUUUUUCCCUAUGACUAAAGAAUUUAUCGAUAGCUCUAUAGAUACUGGAGGAAAAGUACUAGUUCAUGGUAACGCAGGGAUAUCCAGAAGUGCUGCCUUAGUGAUUGCAUACCUAAUGGAGACGUUUGGGAUGAAAUACAGGGAUGCUUUCAGUCAUGUCCAGGAGCGCAGGUUUUGCAUCAACCCGAAUGUGGGCUUUGUGCAUCAGUUACAGGAAUACGAAGCUAUCUACCUUGCGAAGCUUACCAUUAAGAUGAUGUCACCGAUGCAGCUGGGCAGGUCCUUCUCUGUGGUACAAGGUGGGCGUAAGCGGAGUCUUGAGGAGGACGAGGACUUGGGAAGCAUGCAGGUCACAGCAGCGCAGAAUGGAUGACUUUUACUGACAUGUCAGCUAAGCCCAGUGCACUCUAUUUUUUACAUUUUUAUUGGGAUUAAAAAUGUAAAUAUUUGAUCAUUUUCUAACGGGGAGGGAGCGGGUGGGGGGGAGGACAGCCUGUAAUGUCUGAGACACAGAGCUGACGGGCUUUGAUAACAUUGUUCUGUAAUUCUACUUCUUGCUUUUCUCGUUGUUUUCCCCGAGCUGUACGCACUGAUGGGAGAUUUUUUGCAGUUUUAUAGUAUUUAAAGCAUUUUGCAUUUGCAGCGGGACAGUAUUGCAAUAAUGCACUUUCAAUACUUGAAUUAUUAUUGUGGUCUACCACAGGGGGGAGAGGGGAGGCAAAGGGCUGGAGGAUGGAAUAAAUGGAACGUCACAAGCGGCUUCAGAAAAGUAGUUGUAACAGACUAACAUUCGGCUUAGUGUGGCAAAGUAAGAAACUAAUAAUAAAAAAGUACAUGUCAACUGCUUAAUAAAAUGAUGUCAGACCUUAUGGUGAUUUUCUUUACAUUCAUUUGUAUAUUGACCCAUGGGGUUUUGUUUUUCAAAACUGAAAUAUUUGACAUUUUUUUGCGCAAAGCUCGAAGUCCGGAUAGGAACCAAAUAGAUGCUCGUAACUAAUUUACUAUAAAUCAUUGAUAAUUGGCACGUUUUAAUCUCGUCCUAGAUAACCGUUUCGUGAAGGAAUGGGUCAUUAAAAUAGCUUUUCAGCUUCAUUUUAUAACUGUUGGUGGCUAGUGCUCUCAACAGACUGAACCAUAUGGUUCCCACAAUUUGGGAAAUAGGAAACACUGUAGAGAUGAGAACACAAGCUUGCUUCAGUCAUUCAUUUCAUCCAAUAAUUAUUGAAUGAUCAACCAAAUCGGUUCAUAUUUCGGAAAAAUGGGUUUUCCAUUACAGAAAAAACUAAUCCUCCCUGCAAGAUACAUUGGGGUAGGUAUCAUGUAUACCACCUGUUCCUCUAUGACGUGUUCCUCUCAAUACAAACAAGCCAGGCUGGUAUUAAACACAGGGUUUAUUUGCCAAAGUUCAGGGUUGGCGUAGCUACACAAGGAGUAAACAGUUCAGCCUGAUGAGUCAAAGGGUUAUAAACCAUUUGAGAAAAGAGCCUGUAACAAAGUCUAAAUAAAUGCUGGCUGAACGUAUGCC